AUGCAGCCCCAAGACAAAAGUGAGCGACUUUCCAUUAAAGUAGACCACUCGGAGAACAGAGUGACUCAUCUGCCCGCCUCCAACACAGACCUGUCCGGCAGGCUGGUUCAUAGCGAAGAGGAGACGCUGAAGAUCUCGAAGGAGCUUGUGGAGGAGCUUCUCCGAAUAAACAAGAUGAAAUCCCAGUUUGAAGAGGAGAAAAAAAUAAGCUCAAUACAGAUAUUGAGCCAAACAGGUGCGAUAACAGAACUUGUGACCGAGCGAGAUAACUUACUCAGUCAGCUCCAAUCAGAGAAGAGCGACCAAGAGUAUGCCUUGCUCAAGAAGAUCUACUUGGCUCUGGCUGAGGCCCACCACAAAGAGCUUGGCCAAAGCAAGGAGCUGAGUGCAGAGCUGCUGGCCCAAGGACGCCUUGCGCAGCCAGCUGGCCGAGCCGCACCAGAAGGCUCGGGACACCUCGGACGAAUCUUCGCAGUGCGCUGGAUCGAGCUCUUUAAGAGAUUACAGAGACUCCUCGGAAACCAAGAGGAGAUGAAAGACAUGCUGGAGGACUUGAAAGUGAGCUAUGAGGAGGAGCAGAGGAUACUCAAGGAGAAGAUUGAGGCGAUGGGAAAAGAGCAGCAUGUCCGAAACAGCCAGCAGAAACCAUCUGAGCAGACGAUGACAUGCUCGUGCUGUCGGAGUCAACUGAAGGAUUCGAAGAGGCUGCAGCUGCAAGUCAAAGAGCUUCACGAGCAAUAUCGCGCCAGGCUGGUGUGCUAUUUAAAGGACAUAACUGUGAGUAGCUGCACAAACACACACAGAUGGAUGGGAAACAAGUUGAGGGUCUUUGUGGACAACAUGUUGCGAGAUGUCCGUGCCUCCUACAGGGCCCGCGAGGAGCAGCUUGCCACUGCCGCUCGGGUUUACAAAAAGGGACUGCAGAGGACCACCAAGACCCAUCACGCCUUAAUAUGUGCAUAUAUGGAUCAGAGGGAGCAGAUUUUGGCCAAACCGGACAAGGGUCUGGAGCCUGGACCCACAGAAACCCAUUUCGACCUCGAGCCCACUGAGCCAAGAGAAGAACUGGACAGGUUUCUCCAGCAAAUUGAGGAGGAUAAGUCAAAAAUGGAGGGUCAGCAACAUGUGGCUCGAGACCAGGUGGCAGUCGUCAAAACGCCAACUCGUUCGACCCACUAUGACAGGAUGCCAAAACUGGAGGAGAUAUUACAAGAAUCCCGGUCGGUCAUCAGGAAACAGCUGAAGGAGAUAACAGACUCUUUGUUACAGGGAAGCUAUGACAAGGAGCAAAAGUUAAUCACCAGAGCAACAGUUGCAGAAGCACAGGUGUCCCAGUUGCAGGGCUAUAUAGACAAGCAUCUUGACAGGUAUAAACAGGAAAUUGCACAUCUCCAUCAGCUGCGUGGUAAAAAGGAGGCUCCGGGCACACAGAACAAUUAUUAAUUCACCAUGAUUUCAUUAAUUCACCAUGUUUUUCCAGAUAGAGUUUUUUUUCGCAGAAAAACAGUUAUUAGCACUUAGGUAACUUUCUUUUUUUUUAAGUCAAAAAAAAAAAGAAAAUCCUAGUCUUUUGAGCAUAGUGUUUUUUUAUUCCAAGAAAAAAGGAUUGAUUUCGUUCCCCUAAAAAAAUUUUAAGUUGUAUGACAUUAAAUCGUUAUAUUUUUAGAAAUAUUUUUCUUUUUUUCCCCAAAGUUUUGUCCUACAA